CCACAGCCCGCUUCCCCUUAGCGGCGUCCCGGAGGUGCGCGGCGCGAGCUGGAACUUGCGAUCAUGGCGAACCAGGUUAUCAAGUGCAAGGCUGCGGUUGCCUGGGAGGCUGGUAAGCCUCUCUCCAUCGAAGAGAUAGAGGUAGCACCUCCACGGGCGCAUGAAGUUCGGAUUAAGAUCAUUGCUACUGCAGUUUGCCACACUGAUGCCUACACCCUGAGUGGAGCUGACCCUGAGGGGUGUUUCCCAGUGAUCUUGGGACACGAAGGUGCUGGGAUUGUGGAAAGUGUUGGUGAAGGAGUUACGAAGCUAAAGGCAGGUGACACUGUCAUCCCACUUUACAUUCCUCAGUGUGGAGAAUGCAAAUUUUGUCUAAACCCUAAAACAAACCUUUGCCAGAAAAUAAGAGUCACUCAGGGGAAAGGAUUAAUGCCAGAUGGUACUAGCAGAUUUACUUGCAAAGGGAAAACAAUUUUGCAUUACAUGGGGACCAGCACAUUUUCUGAGUACACAGUUGUGGCUGACAUCUCUGUUGCUAAAAUCGAUCCUUCAGCGCCUUUGGAUAAAGUCUGCCUUCUUGGUUGUGGCAUUUCUACUGGCUACGGUGCUGCUGUGAACACUGCGAAGGUGGAGCCUGGCUCCACUUGCGCUGUCUUUGGCCUGGGUGGAGUUGGAUUGGCCGUUAUCAUGGGCUGUAAAGUGGCUGGUGCAUCCCGGAUCAUUGGUGUGGACAUUAAUAAAGAUAAAUUUGCAAGAGCCAAAGAAUUUGGAGCCUCUGAAUGCAUCAAUCCCCAAGACUUCAGUAAACCCAUCCAGGAAGUGCUCAUUGAAAUGACUGACGGAGGAGUGGACUAUUCCUUUGAGUGCAUUGGUAAUGUGAAGGUCAUGAGAGCAGCACUUGAGGCGUGCCACAAAGGCUGGGGUGUCAGUGUGGUGGUUGGAGUAGCUGCUUCGGGAGAAGAAAUUGCUACUCGUCCAUUCCAGCUGGUGACGGGUCGCACGUGGAAAGGCACUGCCUUUGGAGGGUGGAAGAGUGUAGAAAGCGUCCCAAAACUAGUGUCUGAAUAUAUGUCCAAAAAGAUAAAAGUGGAUGAGUUUGUGACUGGCAAUGUGUCCUUCAACCAAAUUAAUGAAGCCUUUGAAUUGAUGCACUCGGGGAAGAGCAUCCGAACUGUUGUAAAGAUUUAAAUUCAGAAAACCAUCCAUAGGAUACCUUCUCCAGUGAUCUGAUAGCAGCAGCCUGACAGGCAGAAGAUUUUGCAAAUUCACAGCCUCUUAGACCUUUGGUAACUAAUAGAGGGAAUGUGUGUAGCACUAUAAUCUAAAACAAGGCUAAUAUAGUCACAAGUCUGUUUUCUGAAUAAGGUAACUAAUAGAGGGAAUGUGUGCAACACUAUAAUCAAGAACAAGGCUAAUACAGUCACAAGUCUGUUUUCUGAACUAGCUACAUAAAUAACUACUGAUAUUUUAGCAUAAUAAAAAUAAUUUCUGGGGGCUGGAGAGAUGACUUAGCGGUUAAGGCACUUGCCUACAAAGCCAAUUUCAAUUCCUUAGUAUCCAGGUAAGCCAGAUGCACAAGAUGGCGCAUGCAUCUG